AUGGAACCUUCAUACCGCAUCGUUCCACCUUCACAAAUCAAAACUGCGUCCAUAAGUGAUACUGCAGGCAGCCUAGGCCUCCAUGACACCCUCCAUUAUGGAAUCCGUAGCCUUGCAACUGAGAUGAGAGGAGGCCAGUUCGAGAACCGUAUCGCAAAGUGGGAAGAGACGCAGGACAACGCGAGGCUACACAUGUUAGCCAAUCUUUACGGCCCUAGUGCACCUAUGAGGUUGCUUAUGGAACGCCAAAUUGUAUCCGCCAGCCCUCAUAUGCCCGGCAUGCCACAAUCAAACAUACAUCUCGACAUCCUGAUGGGUCGGGAUGAGACUCUAGACCCGACCGACUUCUUCCUCGGCUUGGAGAGCGGUCCACCGUUGAGCAUUCACAACGAGAUGGAAAAGAAACUCCGACUGUGA